GAAGCCAAUUCCGGGGACCGGUAGUUGAAAGCUCUGGAGCUUGUUUCCGGCCACCUCAGCAGGAAGCGGAGACGCAAGUCGCUGGAUCUUCGGGAACUGAGAUAGAGAUAUAACUGUUGUAGCGGCGGAGGAAAUCAAGAGGAACCCGACAGCUGCGCGGCCCAGUGUUGGGUCCCUGAAAUCUGUGACGAUGCUGUUGCUCACGAUGAUCGCCCGAGUGGCGGACGGGCUCCCGCUGGCCGCCUCGAUACAGGAGGACGAGCAGGCCUUCCGGGACCUUCAAAAGUACCAGAGUCAGGCUAAGCAACUCUUUCGAAAGUUGAAUGAACAGUCCCCUACCAGAUGUACCUUGGAAGCUGACACCAUGAGUUUUCACUACAUUAUUGAGCAAGGGGUGUGUUAUUUGGUUUUGUGUGAAGCUACCUUCCCUAAGAAGUUGGCUUUUGCCUACCUAGAAGAUUUACACUCAGAGUUUGAUGAACAGUAUGGAAAGAAGGUGCCCACUGUGUCUAGACCCUAUUGCUUUAUUGAGUUUGAGACCUACAUUCAGAAAACCAAGAAACUCUACACUGACAGCCGUGCUCGGAGAAACCUAGGCUCCAUCAACACUGAACUGCAAGAUGUGCAGAGGCUCAUGGUGGCCAAUAUUGAAGAAGUGUUACAACGAGGAGAAGCACUCUCAGCAUUGGAUUCAAAGGCAAACAAUUUGUCCAGUCUGUCCAAGAAAUACCGCCAGGAUGCGAAGUACUUGAACAUGCGGUCCACUUACGCCAAACUUGCAGCAGUAGCUGUGUUUUUCAUCAUGUUAAUAGUUUAUGUGCGAUUCUGGUGGCUGUGAAGUAGAGUCCAGUCACUGGCAAGGGAGAACCUAGAACCCGGCAGGUGUGUGUUUUCAGGAAGCUGAGCUCACAGAGAUGUGUAUUAGAAUCCAAGUGGAACUUCUGCCUCUAAGGACCUUGCAAGAAACGACAUAUCCUGAAAAUGAAAGAUUACAUCUCGUUUGAUGAAGCUUAACCCUAUGUAGAAAGUCUCUUUUGGGGACAGAGGCUUUCUCUGGGUGCUAAGCCAUAUAUGUUAGGGAACAGUAGAUUGUUGUACUUUGUUUUUUUCUCCCCUUCCAGUGUUUGACAUUUUUAAAACAGCACUGACUGGGGCAUUCUCAUUCUCUAACAGAGCCAUCAGUGAGAUUUAACUCAGCCAACCUGUGCUAGCAACAGUCUGAAAUUUCUUCAGAGAAAGCAGCCCUUUGGGAAGGUCUUUGACUCUGUCUAAUCAACAUUCCUUUUGUUGGUGACAUUUGUGAUUUUCAGUAAUCUGAGUUUUUGAUGGCCUUUUUAAUAAGACUCCAGUAUGUGAAGGUUAAUUGCUGUGCUGCAAAGAUCUUGUCUGUUGGCCCCUGUAGGAAGUUAACCUUUGUUAUUUUCCUUUUAUAUUUUGCUUAUUGCACAGUUGCUGUAGGGUAAACGAAUUAUAUUAAAAUGCCUUGAAAUUCUAUUAUAGCACUCCUUGAUUAAGAAGCUGAAAUGUUUUCUGUCAUUUAUUCCUUAAA